CAGAGCUGCGAGGUCGUCCCUCCAGCUGGAGCAGAUCCAGCACCUCCCAGCCACAAGCUCCGGCUUCCUCAGCGCCUCCGAGUCGCUCCGAGCGCAGAGACGAGACGAACCGGUUCCACCUCAGCAUGACCGGAGCAGCCGGGGACAGCCACACGUUCGAGGUGGGAAACCCGACGCCUUCCACGAGUUUCCGCGUUCGCCCUUUAUUCGGGAACAAGGGAAUAUAUACAAGCCGAACAACAGAGACAUGAUGGACACGGACAGCCUGAACGAGAAGACCCUGAAGGACAUCCACACGAAGGAGAUCGACCUGGUGAACCGCGACCCCAAGCACCUCAACGACGACGUUGUGAAGGUGGACUUUGAGGAUGUAAUUGCUGAACCUGCCGGCACCUAUAGCUUUGACGGGGUGUGGAAGGCCAGCUUCACCACCUUCACUGUGACCAAGUACUGGUGCUAUCGGCUGCUUACGGCCCUGGUGGGCAUCCCGCUUGCACUGGUGUGGGGCAUCUUCUUUGCCAUUCUCUCCUUCUUGCACAUCUGGGCCGUGGUGCCAUGUGUCAAGAGCUACCUGAUUGAGAUCCACUGUAUCAGCCGCGUCUACUCCAUCUGCAUCCACACCUUCUGCGACCCCUUCUACGAGGCCAUGGGGAAGUGCUUCAGCAACAUCCAUGUGCGCAUGACCAAAGAGGUAUAAAAUAAAAAAAGAGGUAGAAAGGAGCCGGGAGCAAUGCUCAAAAAAGAGAGAAGGAGACGCUGCCAAAGGGGGGUAUGGAGUAUGCUUUGGAAGUGGGGCUUAGUAUCUGCCUGUCCAUCUCUGUCUCCAGAAUUACAGAUACUGUCUUCAGCAAUAAUUUCAUGGACACAGACAUCGGAGUGGGGAAUAAUAAAAAGCCACCACAUCCUUACAUUAUUUCACCCUUCUGUUUGCCUGGACUGUGCCAUCUCUCUUGUUCCUGGCCUAACUUCCAGAAUGAUGCAAGAGUUUCCAUUUAGAUUUUUUUUUUCUGCUCAUAUACCCUGCUAUUUUAUGCCUAGUUCUCACUUUUAGUCACUGAUGGUUGUCCAAAAGAGAUCUCUUUGGUGGGGUGGGGGGUGGACUAUGGAUUAAGCCCCAAUGGCAGAGUGCUAUGUAAGAUCGGCAGCUCCAGGAAGAGCAUUCAGUGGCUUCCCUUGUCACACGCUGACUCUGAUCUCCACCGUCACAUGAGCAGA